AGAAAGGCUUAAUAACUGGCUUUGUUCCAAAGAGAUAACUCAGUUUAAACUGAAAUCAAGUUACCUUCUACUUUCUACGAAUCUUUCGUUUCAAGGAAAUCUCAAGGUGAAUGCAAAGAUACUGAUUCUUUGAUAUGAUGUAACGAAACUUGUCUGUCGCCUAUUCAGCAAAGUUUGUGCAGCAUCAAGAAAAGGUAAUAACCCAGUCUGACGUUCGUGACAGAGGGGAUUAAUCCUUCCUCCACUCCAACGGGUCUGUUAAUUAACGAGCCAUUGACUAACGGAGAUGGCGCCACGUAACGCAAAUGACGCCAAAUAUUUCUUCAUAGUGAGCCAAUACAGCCGCGGUAAACUGGUUAUUAAUAUUCGUAAAGGCAUUAAAAGCGGAGUUCUUGAGAUCGUGAAACCAGAACGUGGGCGGUCAAGUCAGUUGUGGAGAUGGGAUGAGAGUUGCCGGCUGGUCAGCAAACUGGGCCUUGUGGCAGAUAUCAAAGAUGAGAGUAAGAAGGAGGAAGCCGUCUGUCACGCCUGGAAAGCUCACGAUGGCCUCAGCCAAAAGUGGCGAGUCGAAAGAGGGGCCAUUAAGAGUAAUCUGAGUCAUCUUGUUAUCGAUUGCUCACCUCCCAGAUGUAAUAUUUUAAUGAGAAGCUUCGAUGAAUCCAAGGAACACCAAAAAUGGCAUUUUGUUCCAGAAAAGGCAUGGGACGAUUUUCAACUUUCACUGACAGAGCCAAACCCCCUUAAAAAGGCACUGUUCUGGAAAAAUAUGGUUGAAAAUUAUCUUGACGUCAUCAUGGGAUACAGUAUUACAGAGUUUGAGGCCAGAGUCCAAAAAGCUUUUAAAGUCAUAGAUGAAUGUACCAGCAGACUAGAAGAGGUAACAAAGGGUACUGGUAUCGCAAGAAAGGUCGGUGGAGGUGUGUCAGCCGUGGGAGGUUUAGUUUCUGUGGUUUGUCUUUCGCUGGCUCCAUUUACAGGCGGAGCCACCUUGCCCUUUGCUGCAGGAGGAGCUGUCGGUAUGUUCACAGGAGCAGCUGCAUCAUUUACAACCAACGUGGUGCACGGCCAACUGGACGAGCAGAGCAGAAGAAAAGUGAAUGAAGCCACAGCAUCACUCUUCUGCGCCACUUACCUCUUCCACUCGCUGUUGGGUGAGUGUAGUAAAUACCUGCAAGAAGCGGAUGAAUACUUAGAAAGGCUGAAGCAUGAAACGAGCACAGAAUCCUAUUCCAAGGAUAUCGCGACCGGCCAAGCCGAGGAAAUAAAAAGGCUGGUCGCGUGUACUCUCUCAGUCGAAGGCGAAACCCUUUCAACGGCUGGAUUAACUGGUACAAUGGCUCUUUCCCGAGCGAUGGCUGGUUUUGGAGUGCUGGCCGGCAUCGUGAAUAUAUAUUCAGGAGCUAAGACGAUCGCCAGCAGCGAAGAACUAGCAAAGGAAUUCCGUCAGUCUUCUGAAUGUCUGAAAAGAGAGGCUGAUAGACUCAUACGCCUAUACAAGGAACUCCACCAAGACAAACAGAGUAGAAAGUAGUGCAGUCUCAACCAAGAAUUCCAUCAAAAUGAAGAGGGCGAGGAGUCAUGUUUUAACUACGGAAAGUUAGCUUAGACUUAUGUAAUCGCUCGAGAAUGCUUAUGUUCAUAUUACAGAUAAUGAUAACUGCAAACGUAGUCAUGAUGUAAAACUACCAAAAUAUAGUUGUGUUGUAAGCUUCCGGAAUGUUCUCGAGUACUUUGCAAAUUAAUGUAAGGACUUAGUCGUAAAGUAAUAGUUUCUGUUGUCGGGAGUGACCGACUAUUUAGAAACCUAUACCAAGAAUGAGCUACAGUUCAUUUCGAGGAGAUUUGGAGAUAACUGUGAGAUUGUGUGAGAGGUGAGCUAAGAUAUAGCAAGAGUUUCAACGCAGCAAAAAAAUCCUAGAAAAUCUCUUGGAUGAAAGGGUUCGAAUUAACUUUGUCAGUAGUUUUGUUUUCUUUUUUUAGGAUUGAUUAAGAGCUUAGAUUCAUUUCUCGACAGUAUGGUUUUUUCAUGGAGAAGUAGGACUUUUAAGCUUAUCUGGUAAAUUGUCCUGAAUUCCGGCUUAGAAAUUGAUUGUUUGCUUGUGGUGUGUAAAAAGAAACUAUUGUGUAGACUCUUUUCGCUGUGUGUAUUCUAGCUGCAAGAAAGCGAAUUGAUUCAUCGGCAUCAGAUCAACUGAAGCAACCAACCUCAAUUAACUUAGUAAGUACAGUAGGUAGGUAAACUUUUUCUAACGAGAAUAACAUGUACAGUAGACGAGGGUCUGAGAUGAGGGGGAGGGGAAUCCUUGUGUCGGUUGUCGGUUAGAAUUUCAUCACUUAGUCUUAGCUUUUCGUCGGUAGUCGUUAGAUGUCCGUUAACGAUUUAAAAUGCAGCUUAAUCAUUAACAUUUACUGGGUAGUUAGUGGGAUCGAGUACCAGACGCUAUUCUGGAAACGAGCCCGCGCUCCUAACUAGCCAUAAAGUAAGUUUCAUGACUGGAAUUCUAUAAUUAACUGAGCUAGAAUGCUCUUCUUUCUGAAUACAAAUAUCGAUAAUAUCGGACCAUGUCGGUUAGUACUUACUUGUUGAUAAUUGGUAGCUUUUCCAAGUUGGCUUUUGCAUAAUUGUCAGUAGUCAGUCAUAUUUUCGCCCUUUUUCGCCAGUGUGUUUUACCAUAUUUAGACCCUAUUAGACAGUAAUCAAAGUGAUGAACUCAUGACCCUCAGAAUAACUGGAAAUCGAAAUAAAAUAGCAACAGUAAUUGUAAGACUGAAGACUUGAGAUCAGUUAGUUGGACUUUUAAAUAAACGAUUGUGUACAUACA